AAGUAAGCUUGGGCUUCCCUUGUUAUGUUCUUCAGUUCUUGCUUCUAGUUAUUCUCAUGUUACUGUGUUUUGAGCAUUCCCUUUUUAGUCUUUACUUCUUGGGAUGCUAUUUAUGAGUUGAAGCCCCUUGCUUUGUUGCCAUGUGAGUUUGUUGAUAGGGAAUAUUGGUUUAUCUGAGAUUAUAUUUUGGGAUAAUAGAUUGAGGGUUUCUUUUGCCUGAAGAUCUACUAGAGGGAUAAUAGAUUUGGAAUUGAAUAUACAUGGUAUUUUGUAUGAUUUGAUCUGCAUAUUAAUUGAAAGGAACUUCUAAAGAAUUGGGCAUGAAGUAGGAUUUGAGGUAUAAUGGGGUUAUUGGUGUGAUCUGAGAUUGUUGUUUGGGAGAAGAAAUGGAAGGAAAUUUGUCACAGGGAGGUUUGAUGCAAGGUGGGGCUUCUUUUGGUGGUUUUGAUUUGCCCGGUUCGAUUCGGGUUCAUCACCAGGGACAGCAUCCUCAUACCAUGCAUCAACAACAUCAAAAUCUUCCGCGGCAAGGGUCCUCGGUUCAUGAGGGUUUUCCACUUACAAUGGGGAACUUACAGGGCUGUGAUCAAACCAUUUCGCUGACAGACUUUGGUAAGGGAGAAAGAAGCAAAAACUCGGCAAGCGAGGAAGAUGAGCCGAGCUUUAAUGAAGAAGGUGGUGAUGGUCACCAUGAAGCUGGUAGAGGGAAAAAGGGAUCGCCUUGGCAGCGAGUGAAGUGGACCGAUAAGAUGGUAAGGCUUCUCAUAACAGCUGUUUCUUACAUAGGAGAGGAUGGAAGUUCGGAUGGCGGUGGUGGAGGAAGAAGGAGAUUUGCCGUCCUACAGAAGAAAGGUAAGUGGAAGUCUGUUUCUAAGGUCAUGGCCGAAAGGGGUUAUCAUGUUUCUCCUCAGCAGUGUGAGGAUAAGUUUAAUGAUCUUAAUAAAAGGUAUAAGAAGCUUAAUGAUAUGCUUGGAAGGGGCACUUCUUGUCAGGUUGUUGAGAAUCCCACACUUUUGGAUGUAAUAGAUUAUCUUUCUGAGAAGGAAAAGGAUGAUGUUCGGAAAAUAUUAAGCUCGAAACACCUCUUCUAUGAAGAGAUGUGUUCUUACCAUAAUGGUAAUAGGCUGCAUUUACCCCAUGAUCCUGCGCUGCAGCGAUCACUGCAGUUAGCACUUCGAAAUAGGGAUGAUCAUGAUAAUGAUGAUUUGAGAAAGUCCCAUCAUGAUGAUCAUGACGAAGAUGAUCAAGAUGCCGAAUUCGAUGAUCAUGAUGACUUCGAAGAGAACUAUACUUCCCAUGGAGAUAGUAGAGGAGCAUAUGGGUCUAUGAAGAAAUUGAAACAAGGACACUGCCAAGAAGAUUCUACUAGUUUUGGUAACUCUUUAAAUUGUCAGCACUACAGCAAAAGUUCUUAUCCCCAUGGACAGAUGGUCCAAUCCGAUGUGAAUCAAGGUUUACCCGAAAGCGUGCGAACAGCUUGGUUUCAGAAGCAAUGGUUUGAAUCUCGCUCGCUUCAGCUUGAAGAACAAAAGCUACAGAUACAGGUUGAGAUGUUGGAACUAGAGAAACAGAGAUUAAAGUGGCAGAGGUUUAGUAAGAAGAAGGACCGGGAGUUGGAGAAACUGAGUCUGGAAAAUGAAAGGAUGAAGCUUGAGAACGAACGCAUCGCUUUAGAACUGAAACGGAAGGAAAUCGGCGCUGGCUUUAACUAGGUCCACAGUCUUGCAACUUUUAUGGCAAUUGCAUUAUCUGUCUGUAUGGUGCUCCUCUUUUUUC